UGAGAGCCUUUAACGGGGGAGGUGCUACUUAGCACUUACCGUGCGUGGCACCCUCUCCUCUUCUAAUCACUGCCAUUAAUAGUAUAUAUAUAUAUAUAUGUAUAUACACACACACAUAUAUAUAUAUAAAUAUAUACAUAUAUGUAUAAUCGAAAGACAAAAUAGAAUAUAUCCGUGGCAACAAGGAAGGAAAUGUGAUGAUGCGUGAACUGUGACACGGAAACAGCGUGCAGUUCGCGAAGAUUAACGUAACGUGUUACACGACAGAUCGACAGGAAUAAAAUGUGCCACGGAAAGGGAAAACCGUAAGUGUUCUUGUUUCACGGAAAAAGAGAGCAUCGGACCUAUCGUUGUGUCCGUUGUUACUAGUGCUCCGCUUCGCGUGGCGAAGCACACGGUCGCGUUUCUUCGCUUCGAACACGCAUAGUGUAUUCAUCGUAUCUUUCUUCCUCUCCCACUUUACUCCUUCUCUGCCUUUCGUCAUGUUCGUUUUGUGCAUCGACACGUUUACUGGCUGACGCGCAUCCGACGGCCUUGUUCUCCUCUGUGUUCUUUUCGCCUCUGUUCGCCUCGGUGUACGUUAAGGAGGAUAGCGUAAUAUGUGGCUAUCCGUGUGACGUCGUGACUGGAAGCGACGUCUUGGAUCCUAUGCACGACUCAAACGCGGAAGUCGGUGAACUUGUACAUCUGGUGUCCAGUGUGAUAUUUCUCGCCUCGAUCUCGUUUUCCAUUCUAUCGAAGAGGAUCCUCCUGUGACGCGUGCACGACCUUCCAAGAGCGUACAUACGGCGUCUUCCUGGCGCUGAUUGAGAUUUAAAUUCCACGGACCUUGGGCGAUUUAAAUGGGCCGUGAAAGCAUUCCAGCAGGUGCUAUGGGUGGAACCAGGAUUUCCACGAGCCUGCGAGGUUCACCUACGGCUCGGCUUAAUGCUGAAGGUCCACGCUGACUUUGAAGCCGCCUUGAAGCACCUGACACUCGCUCUGAUCGAUGCCACGACACCUGCCUCCUUUUCCAAGCUUGAAAUAAAAUUUCACAUAGCCCAUUUGUACGAGGUACAAGGGAAAUAUCGCCUUGCCAAGGAGCAUUACGAGGCAUUACUCAAGGAAAAGAUUCUGCCUUCUCAUCUGAAGGCCGACAUUUGUCGUCAAUUAGGAUGGAUGUACCACGUGGUUGACUGCACGGUGCUUGGUAUAACGAGACAGCAGAAGCAAGCAAUCGCUAUACACUGUCUGCAAAAGUCCAUCGAGGCGGAACCGAAGAGCGGGCAAAGCCUUUACCUGCUGGGACGUUGCCUCGCCGCUUCUGGAAAAGUUCACGAUGCAUUUAUCGCUUACAGAAAUUCCGUGGAAAAGUCAGAAGGGAACGCCGACACGUGGUGCAGCAUAGGCGUUCUAUAUCAACAGCAGAAUCAACCUAUGGACGCUUUACAAGCCUAUAUAUGCGCUGUACAGUUAGACAAAUCACACUCAGCUGCGUGGACUAAUCUGGGCAUUCUGUACGAAAGCGUUAGUCAACCGAAAGACGCACUAGCUUGUUACGUCAACGCAUCCAGGGGUAAUAACAACACACCGAAUUGCACGGGCUCAUUGGCGGGCCUGGGUGGCGCUAAGUCAGGAGGUAACACCCCGAUGAACCCAUCGCUACAACAGCGGAUCAACUUUCUGCAAAGUCACCUAAGCCAAGCACCAAUGCCAUCCGUCACCACCACCACCAAGAGACGGCAGCUGCCGUCUAUAGAAGAGGCUUGGAACUUACCAAUUAGUGCUGAGAUGUCCAGCAGACAGCAACAACAGCAACAGCCACCCACUGGACCGGGUUAUAAGUAUGGCGCUACACCAGCUGGACCACCACCUCCUUAUCCUCAAGGACAAGGACAGAAUCUUAAUACAAAAAGAUUUAAGCCAGGGGAAGAACCAAUCUCUCCAGGCUCUCAGCAAAGACCACCGCCAUUUUACCUCACAUCUCAGCAACUACAGAUGUUACAGUUUCUUCAACAAAAUCAUGGAAGUUUAACGGCACAACAACAGGGUUUGCUUGCCCAGUUACAGCAACAGUACCGAUGCAUGCAACAACACCAACAACAAAUUAGGUUACAACAACAGCAAGCUGUUCAAAGGGGGUUACGACCUGGACAACCAGGUUAUCCUACUACAGGCUACAAUCAUACGCAACUAGGACAACCUGGUGUGAUCAAGAACUAUGGAAUACCUCAGCAACCGUUGCAGCAAGGUGGAACUGUUGCAUUACAAACAGGAUUCUCAGACUCCAAUGUCGGUUACAACACGGCAGCGACUGGGAACAGCCAGACGCCAGGAAUGCCUUACAAAUCUGCCUCUGAUCCAAACUACCCUCAGAGACAAUUGACAUCCAACCAAUACAACCAAUACCAGCCUAACCAAUUCACUGCCCAGGGUUAUACUCAAAUAUCGUCCACAACGAGCAAUUAUCCAGAAGGCUCAGCAGGAAAUAAAGAUCUAGGUGUGACAGAUCAGGAGUUACAGGCUCUGCUAUCCCAGAAGGAUAUAGCGACGUCAUUGGCGGAGGAUCUGUUGAAGCAUUUCGGAUCAGAAGAUUUAGACGUGAAGGAAGAGGCGCCGAGUAUUAUAAACAAUGGUACGCUAAGUUCAGGUCCGUUUUCACCGUCGAACCUUGAGGAGAACGCAGAUAAGAUCAAAGAAGUGAAACUAGAAAAGGUAGAGGAUACUCAACUGUCGGCCACGUCAAAGCUCGAAGCGUACGAAAAGAGCAAUACAAAGACGUCAACUCCAGCAGUUGAGACGGUGAAGUGCGAGGCAACGUCAAGUACAAAUAAAAUUGAAUCGAUCGCUCGGAUCGAACCUGUGCUGAAAUUGGAAAGCUUGUGCGAAUCGCAACCUGAACAAGAACUUAGUAUAGAUAUGGAUUCCAAAACUAUCGUAGAGGCGUGCAAAGGUCAGGGAUUGAAGGGUGUACCGAAUUGCUCCAUACUUAGCGAUCGUUCACCUCCACCCACGCCGCCUGAUCCUCCAAGUCAGAGGCUAACUAAGGAACAACUCCUACCCCCCACUCCUAGCGUUUAUUUAGAGAAUAAGAAGGAUGCAUUCAGUCCUCAACUUCAAGAGUUUUGUCUAAAACAUCCGAUAGCUGUGAUCCGUGGCCUGGCAGCUGCUUUGAAGCUGGACCUUGGUCUUUUUUCGACAAAAACUUUGGUAGAGGCGAAUCCAGAUCAUGGUAUCGAGGUGAGAACGCAAAUGCAGCAAACUAGCGAUGAGAACUGGGACCCUGUAAUGGGAAGGAAAGUUUGGGGUUGUAUCAGUCAUAGAAGUCAUACGACCAUCGCGAAAUAUGCACAAUACCAGGCAUCGAGUUUUCAAGAAAGUUUGAAGGAGGAAAAGGAAAAGGCUCAAGGUAUACAUACCUCGAAUCUAUCUGAUUCAGACUCGAAAGAUAGCACUGGAGCUGUCAGAAGGAAGAAAAACGCGUUUGGAUUGGCGGGUCGACCGGGUUCAAAGAUGUUGCGAUUUGGGACCAAUGUAGAUUUAUCAGACGAGAGAAAGUGGAAAACGCAGCUCAACGAGCUGAUGAAAUUACCAGCGUUUGCUAGAGUCGUAUCGGCUGGAAAUAUGCUCAGUCAUGUCGGACACGUUAUUUUAGGCAUGAAUACUGUCCAAUUAUAUAUGAAGGUGCCAGGUAGUAGAACACCUGGCCACCAGGAAAACAACAAUUUUUGUUCUAUUAAUAUCAAUAUUGGACCAGGAGAUUGCGAGUGGUUUGCAGUGCCUGAUGCAUACUGGGGUGUAAUUUGCUCUCUUUGUGAGCGGAAUAAUAUCAAUUACCUUCAUGGUAGUUGGUGGCCUUCUUUAGAGGACCUAUAUGAUGAAAACAUUCCUGUGUAUAGGUUUUUACAAAGACCAGGAGAUCUUGUCUGGGUUAAUGCAGGUUGUGUGCACUGGGUUCAAGCUGUUGGAUGGUGUAACAACAUCGCAUGGAACGUGGGUCCUUUGACUGCUCGACAAUAUCAACUGGCAAUUGAACGAUAUGAGUGGAAUAAACUGCAGUCGUUCAAAUCUAUUGUACCAAUGGUACACUUAUCUUGGAACUUAGCAAGAAAUAUCAAAGUGUCAGAUCCCAGAUUGUUUGAACUAAUUAAAAAUUGCCUAUUAAGGACAAUGAGACAGUGUUGCUUAAUAUUAGAGUUUGUGAAAAGUAAAAAUGUGGAAGUUCGGUUUCAUGGACGAGGAAAAAACGAAGCAUCGCAUUACUGCGGACAAUGCGAGAUUGAAGUGUUUAACAUCUUGUUCAUAAGAGAACAGGAGAAACGACACGUCGUACAUUGUAUGGAUUGUGCACGAAAACAGUCCCCAUCCUUAGAAGGGUUUGUUUGCUUAGAAGAAUACAGAAUGCGAGAUUUAAUGGACGUUUAUGACGGAUUUACUUUACACACUUCUCUAACAACUCCCUCAUCAAUUCAGUCUAGCCAAUCCUCCUGAGAAUACAUGCAACACAGAUAUCUGGACUUCCUAGGCACUUUACAGUGACUUAGAUAGUACAGUAUCUGUGUUUAAAAAGAAUCUUUAUAAUAAGCAUUAUUUAAGUACCUGGGAGCUACUAUAAAAAAAUGAAGAAGAGCAGAAAAUUUUGUACGUUAAACUACAUAAGUCGAACAUCUAUUUCCAUGCUAUUUUUAAGAUACGCACAAUACAUGUUGUAUAUGAAGCAAUUGAAAAUUUCAAAUUUUUUUAGAAUUAAUUAGCACUGACUACAUAUAAAAAUUGAGACGUAUAUUCGGAAAAUUUUAUAUUGAAUUGAUAUAAAAUCUGCGAAACACUGCUCUAGCUCUCGGGUAUAGAAAAUCGAAAUUAAGUAAACGAAAGAAGACUGCGUUUUACUUAUAAAUUACUCAAUAUUACCAUUUGUAAUCCUUUAAUGGCACAACCAUGAUAAUGUGCAUAAGCUUUGCAAUAAGAAAUGCUUGACAGUUAUCAAACUUGACCGUGUUCCUUAUCAGUUUUAUAUCAUCGCAAGUAACUACAAAACAAGCAUACAAUAUUCAUUUUUGUCACAAACAAUAGAGAAUCUCGUUUUUUUUUUAAUAUCGUUCAUAAAUUACAUGUUUCGAAAUUUUUACGAAUAACAAGAAGAAAAGUUGGAAAAAAUUGUCAUAUAAUCGAGAAACAUCACGGAAUUGUUCACUGCCAAUCGUGAAUAUAUUAAAGGAUUACACUGUAACAGUCCACAAUGAUGAGGGAUAAGCUGUCUGUCGUUAACUAUUAUUAUGAAUUAAGAUAGAAUUGUAAAGUAUCACCAAGCUGCUCAAAAAACAUACUUGUACAUUUUUGUAUACAAGCGAAUUGAAACGAUUAUUGAUUUUUAUGAAAUUCAUAGGAAUAUUAGCACAGUUUCGAAUGUCCUGCUGUCAACGACGAUUCGAUUUUUUAAAUCGCAGCAACGAUUAUGUUAUUAUACCAAACUCCAAGACAAUGAAAUCAGCAUCUGAUUGAGAUUUAUUAAGGAAAUAAUUAUUAAACAUUUUGCAGCAAAUUCAAAUAAUUUUGCAAAAAAGUGUUAACAGUACAGUGGCAUUCGUGACGAAUAUCGUGCUUUAAAUAAAUCAAUCAUUGUGUCAAGCAAAAAAUAGCGGCUCUAAAACAUUUGUACAGUAAAAGAUACUGUUUAUAAUAAUAAUUUCUAAGAUAAACCAACCUCCGUUUUUAGGACAAGGGGACGAUAACAUGCUGCGAUCAGCUCAUAAAACGGCGUUUUUCAAUUUAUUUUUUGUUUAUUUUCAUAAACAGAAUAAAAAGAGAAACGUGUGACAUUCUAAAUAUCGGAAAUCAUGUGCUGAAAUCAUUUGAAUUUUUCUACCAUAAACAAGUCAAUGAUAAAGAAUAUUUAUUAAUUGUAAAUGUAUUUGUUUCAAAUGAUUUUUAAUUAUAGAAAAUCUUCCAUCAAUUUAUACAACCUAUUCGGUACAUGAAAGAUAGAAUGCUAUAGUCUAAUGGCUUAUUUUAAUUAUUAUUUAAGGUAACAAUUAUAGAAUAUUAGUACAAUUUUAACGAACUUAAGGACGGAAUACAAAAUCAGAUCAACGUUAAGAAAAAAGUUGGGAAACGCUGCCUGUCUAACAAUGAGUUAAUCGUAUCUUAAAGCAAAGGAGAAGCGUACCUUCAACUCAGUCUCGUCAAUUCACAUUGGUGUCUAGUAACGCCAAAUGUACGUGCCAGAAAACAAAAAAAAAAAAAGAAAAACUCUUACCUACCACAAGUGUAUAAAUAAUGCAAUUCUCGUUACGCCGAAAAGAUGUAUUUUCACAAACGCAUGAGAGAGAGGGAGAGAAAGAGAGAGAAAAUGGAGAAAAAAAAAGCAAAAAAUGGUAGAUAGUACAGGUCGUAAUAAGAUCAUCGAAGAACGAUGUAUUUUUGAAAAUCCUAGGAAAUACUAGUUCCGCCGAGUUAGUUAAUCACGAAGGAUAACCGCAUUUCUUUUAUACGCGCGACCAAUUUCAAUGUUGCACCAUUCGAUUGCAAUAUAUGUGUAUACAUAUAUAUACAUUUGCACAUGUAUAUAUGUGUAUUUCUACAUCAUUUACAGCGAUGGUAUAUGCUAGUUUCCUGAUGUAUUAACCCGCUCUGUCGAUGAUUAUUAAUGAAGAUUUUCCGGGUUGAAAAAGCUCGUGUCCAAGAGUAUUUUAAUCCAUGCACUCAAAUGAUCUCAAUGCAUGUAAUAUUGGCAGUACAUGACAAUGAAUUCUGCCAAUAUUUCGAACUGACUUGACAACUUUGAUUAACGAUUAAUUAAAUUAUGUAUAAAUAUAUUUAAUGUAAAAAAUAAGAUUAGGUAACGUGAAAUGAAUCGAAACAGAAUGGCUCAAGAGCUUCGAUAGUUAAUAACGAACAAACUGAAAGCGGUCCCGUCGUGCAUCGCUAAGCCUGUUUUGCUGUGACCCAUGGAUAAUCUAAACCAGUUCGUAUUCGAAAUUGAAAAGAUGAUUUUCUCUGAAAGUGUGCGACAUUGUAUAGAAAUUACUUGACAUUGUACUAUUUAAUUCGAGUUGUUAUAUAUAUAUAUAUAUAUAUGAUUUGGGUUCUAUUAUUUUUUCUCAUUCUUUUUUUCAUUUAUUAUGUGUCAAUGAAUGUUAAUCGGCAAUACUGAACAAAUUUACUCAAUACAUUAUAAUAAAUAUAUACAAUAUCUAAUGAUGCUACAUUGCAAAUGAUUCAAAGGUUUAGAAUAAUUACUUAUAUACUUAAGUAUAUAUAUAACUAUUAUACUUAAGUAUAUGUAUAUAUAUAUGUUAAAAUUUUAUCAAAAACAUGUAUUGAGAUUGCGUUGUUUAACGAUGGUUUUAUUACAAAUGGUUCACAGCACUGGCAGCUCAAGUUUGUUAGCAGUUACUUUAAUAUUUUAGAAAGUUUUAGAUCCUUCGAAUAGCAUGAAGUUUCGUUCGUAGGUAAACUGCAUACACAACAUGACUUAAGAUAAGAAGACAUUGAGAAAAGUGUACUUUUCUUAGCAAUCACAGGUGUAUCUUUUUACCUGCAAAUGAAAUACUUGUAAUGGAGUGGAAAGUAAUUUUAUGAAAUUCAAAUGAAAUAAUUUGUAAAGGAUAAAAGCGGAAAGUUGCGGCUAAAUAUUGGUAAACCCUGACGGCAGUAAAUGUCUUUGAACGUAAAAGGCACGUGAUCGAAAUAAGAAAAAAUCUUUUUCUUUAGAUGGGUUUCUCUUCAAUUUUCCCUUUUGGAUAUUUCGUAAAAGUAUGCUGGAAUUAUGCAGGAUGAUUUGAAAAUCUGGUAUAACAACUUUGAACAAUUGGCAGUAUUACUUCUAGUAGCACUUUAUUGUUAGAAUUGCAAUAAUAGUAAUUUAAAAUAUAUCGUUACUUUAAACAUCACAUAAUAAGGAAGGCUAGAUGUUAUUUAUCUAAAAAAGAAAAUUCCUUUUUUUAAUGUACUAGAUUUUUAUGACAACCUGCAAGAAUGUCAUAUCUUAAGUUAGCGAAAAGAAAUACAAAGAAAUAUUAGAUCGGAUAAAGUGUAUUACUCGAAAUAGUCGACCAGUUAAUGUAAGCUUUCAAAUACCAUUUUUGUUUUAGUUAUAAUUAUUGGUUCUUAGGAAGUUUACAUUCACUAGUCAAUAUAUAUGAUUUUAUAUAUAUAUAUAUAUAUAUGUAUAUAUAUAUACAUCUUGACAUACUAAAUAGUUUCUUUUCCGUUUAAUCAAAUUUAAAUGGUGUAUCGAUACAUCUGUCUAAUGAAUUAUGAAUUAAAUCUGAGAGGGAAAGCCAGAAAGAACUCGAGCAGUAGUUGUAUUAACUUAUCAUUUAAUGGAAUUGUAAGUAAUUGUAAAUAUCUGAUUUUUUUUUUAAACGGAGAACAGUAGAAAAACAUGAGGGCAGAAUUGUAUAUUAAGUACAUUCUUGUAAUAAUCACUUAAUUGUUUAUUCUGCACUUAUUGCAGAUUUUUCAAAGUCUUGUAUUUUGAUACUGACUACUCGAGGAAUAAUCGUGACAUUGGUGAUUUUUUAGAGAAAUAUUAUGCAAUUUAGUAUUGCGCACAAACGCCAUAUAUAAUUAUCAGGAGCAGAAGUAAUCGAGAGAUCCCCUUGAAUUCGUUAUCUUGAACAAUUACUUGAAAUGCAGAAAAGUGGCGCACAUAAAAAAUUGCGUACUUUGAAAAGCAGAAGAAAAUGAAAGAAGACAGACCAGAAAAUUAAGGAGCACACACAUUGAAACAUAUUUUCGCUAAACAGUGUACGAAGAGUUUGAGUUCUAUGCUUACGGAAUGGUUGGAAUGUUAACGAACAGGCAUAAAAAAGAAGAUUUAUUUUUUCUGAACAAUAGCGGGGAAAAAGUAAUAUUUUCGAAUUCUGUAAUGUCUGUAAAGUGAAAAGUAGCAAACCAUAGCAGAAAGAAAGAAAGAAAGAAAAAGGGAAAGAAAAGAAGAUGAUGAUGAUAACGAUUCACGUAGCUUAAAAAACUUGUAAAACUGUAUUUUAAACGUGAGAACGUUCACUGCCAAAUUGUGAUAAACAAAUCCCACCUUUAAACCGGAGCGUUUUCUUAACUUCUGAUCGCAUUGACCAAUUAUUUCCUCCCAAAUAGUUACCGUGAGUUCUGCACAUUCUGAUAUAAUAGUCAUCUAUAUUUUUCCUUAAUGUUUAAGAUAUAUAGCGUCGAAGAAGAUAUAGCGUUGACCAAUGCAGCUAGAAUCGAAGGAAACCGCUCCCUAUUUUAAGUGCGUAGCAUCGUAACAAUGAGAAGAAUAAAAC